UGCCGCAAAGCGCGGCACCUUCGUUGAUCCAUGCGUUGAUUGGUUUGACUCAAACAACGAAUGCCGGAAAUUUUUCGCCGACCAAACCGUUGUGACCUAACUUUAUCGUUAAUUUGAAUCGUUAUCCACUAAUGUGACCUACGAAACAUUUUCACGCAGAAAGACUAAUUGGUCAUUAACUUUUAUUAUCUCGUAAUAAUGACGCUGGAAGCCAAGACUGCACCUAACCUUCCAUGGGUUGAAAAAUACCGGCCAGCGCAUCUAGAUGAUCUAAUAUCUCACGAGGAAAUAAUAAGAACUAUAAACAAAUUCAUCAAAGAAAACCAGCUACCUCAUCUACUCUUCUAUGGGCCACCGGGAACAGGAAAAACAAGUACCAUACUGGCAUCUGCUCGACAGCUUUAUACACCCGCACAAUUCACUUCAAUGGUAUUGGAAUUAAACGCUUCUGAUGACAGAGGAAUUGGCAUAGUGAGAGGGCAGAUAUUGAACUUUGCGAGCACACGGACAAUCUUCAAUGAUGGCUUCAAGUUGAUUAUCCUUGACGAAGCUGAUGCCAUGACAAAUGAUGCUCAGAAUGCAUUACGAAGAAUUAUUGAAAAAUACACCGAAAACGUGAGAUUCUGUGUAAUUUGUAAUUAUCUGAGUAAAAUCAUUCCGGCAGUUCAAUCCAGGUGCACUAAAUUCAGAUUUGGUCCUCUUGCCUCAGAGCAAGUAAUGCCGCGGCUUGAGCAUGUAAUUGAAAAAGAAAAUCUUGUAGUUACGGAAGAUGGAAAAAAUGCCUUGAUGACAUUAAGCGGUGGUGAUAUGAGGAAAGUGUUGAAUGUCUUGCAAAGUACAUGGUUAGCCUAUGGAUCAGUGACUGAGGAGACAGUCUACUCUUGCGUUGGCCAUCCUCUUCCUUCAGAUAUAAGGAGCAUUGCUAACUGGCUACUGAACGAAAAUUACGUAUUGGCAUACUGCAAAAUCCAAGACUUGAAGACAAAGAAGGGGCUGGCACUGCAAGACAUACUAACCGAGCUUCACUUGUUUGUGAAUAGAAUCGAGUUUCCUGACAAUAUAUUGAUUAACCUGGUUGUUAAGAUGGCUGAUAUAGAGCGAAGAGUUGCUGCCGGCUGUACCGAGGCAGUUCAAUUAAAUGCUCUUGUUGCAGCUUUUCAGUGUGCCCGUGAAGUUCAGUGUUGAAUACAUGCAUUGUGAUAAAAGAAGAUAAGAAAUGUGUGAGUGGAAUGAAAAAGUUUUAGAUAAAGAAACUUCUAUAGAGCCUAAAUUUUGACCAUUACUGAAACUACAAACAUUUUCUAAACCACUCUUAGAUAUUGUCCUACUUAUAAUGCAUUACUGGGCAGAGCUCCGAAUCUAUUAACAAGUUAUAUUGAUUCCUCAUGUUGGCUAUGACUCAAAACGGUAGAUCUGUUAAUUGUGCCAAAGAACAAUCAAUGAAUGAGUCAGAUCAAAGCAAUUUCUAUCAACUGACUGAGUGCACCUGAGAAUCACCCAACCCGUCCAAGUAACUGUCCUGGACUGACACCAUGACCGGUAAAAUAUCAAGGUAUUUUUACUUUUUUGUCAGUUUCAAACGUUGAGCGAGCAAUAUAAAAGAAGCCGGUGGUUGUCCUACUUUCGUGAAACUCUUAUGGAGUCUCGCGUCUACGUCGUUAUUCGUUAAUAGUCCAGUAUACAGGUAUGCACGUAUACACAUGGAGAUGCACAUGAAGAUAUCCACUUCCCCUCCUGACGCAUAUGUAUGUAUAAAAAACCAUACACGGCGGGGUAUUUGAUUUCUCCGUACAUAAACGCACAGGGGCGUAAAUAGAUAUUACCUAACAUAAAUAUUACGGUCAUAUAGUGCGAAUAAAGUGGAAAAUUGAAAAAAGAGUUAAAUAAAUAGUGGGAAAACGAAGUAACGCAACUCGCAAAAGUAGGGCAAACGUGGACGAGACUUGAAACCAUUAAUGUUCCCAUUAGCCGCGUUCACUUGCCGCGCAGCUCAGAGGAAUUAUUCAAAAUUAAAAUCAGCUGAUUUUGAUAAGAUUCCCUGUUCUACCCAUUUGAUGAAUUUAUAACUAAAGGCAGAAUAAACUCAAACUUUGCUUUUGUCAUAUUUUUGCUUCGAAUACCUUGUGAAACUGAAAAUAUUAUGGUCAUCCUCGAAAGUUGACUUAGUUUCAGAUCUGUAGGUAUAAGGAAAAAAACCUUAAUUUUGAAUAACAAUUGUAAUGAUUGUAAAGAAAUCUUUAUCAGAAAAAAAUUAAAAUUGUGCGUUGCACUCUCGCCUACUUCUAUUCCAAGCGGUGAAUAGCUCCAGAAUCAAUGUUACAUAGUAUACAAGCACGUUUCGCAUCCCAGAGAUCUCUCAUCUUACCCAUGAGUGAAAAGCCGUUGAAAACAGCCGCAUGAAGCGGAGGUAAUUGGAGAAAUCCAGGUUACGUUAUACGUAUGUGAAAAUAAACGCGUGUAUUAUACCGAUAUAAAA